AUAGUGGCUUGACGAUGAAGCAGAACAUUUUGUUAGUGAUAUUAGCAUCUUUUGGAUAUUUGAAUACUAUAAGAGGAUACAAGAACUAUGGAGUGGAGGAAAUGUAUUACUGGAAGGAUGUAUAUUAUGAGAACUUGCCCUAUGAAGAUGAUACCUUAAUCGGAAAGUAUCCAUAUCACAUCCCUGCUAACAACGAUGUCGUCGGAAUUGGUUAUCAUGCAAAAAGUGGAAUAAUGCUGGCUACCGUUGGAAGAAUUCGAGCAGGAGUUCCAUCAACUCUCAAUGCUUUCUGUGUGGCUGACUAUGACAAAGAAAGUAGUCCUAAACUUUGGGGAUUUCCAAGCUACAGAAGAAACACUCUGAAGUCAUAUUUUUACGAAGGAUUUGACAAAUACUCCCGACAAUUGAACAGUGACUAUACAACAUAUUCCGCUGGAUAUUACACUCAUUUUUUCGAAAGUGAACUAUCCAAUCCUAUUACAGAGUAUUCAAUAAUUUCAGUAUAUCAUCCAAAUAUUGAUGAUCAGUGCAAUCGUCUUUAUGUCGUGGAUACCGGUGUGCUUUCUUAUGGAGUCAGUGAAGUUUACAAUGUUCAAAAUCCAGCAAUUAUUGUUUUUGAUUUACCUUCAAAUGCAUGCCAAAGGAGACAAUUUCCAGUAAUUCGGCGAAUAGACAUUCCAAAUAACUUUUGGAAGAACCCCAUUGGAUUCGUUUAUAUCGCAAUAGAUCAUCAAGCAAGGAAAUCUUGCGAUGAUGUCUUCCUGUACAUUACAAAUACUAUGGAUAGCAGUUUAACAGUAUACGACUAUAAAAGAGGAAGUUUCUGGGCAUUUUCCGACCCUUCAAUGGGACCUAUAAUUACUGAAUCUCAGAUGGUCUUCAACAAUUACUUCAAUUAUGAUUUUAGACUUGGAAUUAUGAAUGUAGCACUUGGAUGGACAGACAAUACUGGGAGUAGAAACGCUUAUUUUGCUCCUGGUUCAAGUACUUCAGAGUACAUUGUAUCAACAAAACUUUUAAAGACUCCCCAGAGAACUCCCUUGAAAUACAAUCCGUUAGAAUUCUUCUUAAUCGGACACCGAGGAUGUCAUUCACAAGCCUUCAAGCAAGUCUUUGAUUCAGCGACUGGGAUAAUGUUCUUCGCAGAAUUGCAGUCAAAGAAGAUUCGAUGCUGGAAUACCCAACUACCCCUGAAUACUGAUACAAUCGCAACUGUUUUCGAAUCAGAAGCCCUUCAGUUCGUUUCCGAGAUCAACGUCGAUACAGAUGGAUACCUCUGGUUCCAUUCCUGUCAUCUUCCAUUAGCAUACCUCAGUGAUAUUCCACUAAAUACGACCGACUUCAAACCUACGACAUUCCGUAUAAGGAUAUUUGAAGCUACGAGGGGGACAGUUUGCGAAUAUCCCUGAAGUUUCUUUUUUUUUGUACUUGAAAUUGCUUUUAAAAUAAAACUGAUAAAGCGUU